UCGGAAGGGCUUGCUUUACGAUUACCGUCAGACUCGUACAAAAUUCCUCAGCUAUCUCGCCGAAACCCUUGCAGAACUUCGCCAUCCUUCACGUUCAGCACCGCUAGGGAUGAAUAACGAGUACUGCUUUACCUUUCCACCCUAGUCCUAUCUCCAGAAAUUUUCCUACUUUAGCCCAUCGAAUCGACAGCCAGUAAACCAACUUACGACCUCUUUGGAGAAUCUUACCCAUCCAUUACGAGAAAUAUUGUUCUCGGGAACGAACAAAUUGAUUCUUGGAUACGCCAUUAGUGAGAGUGGCGGGUUGCGAGAGAUUGGAGAGGGAGAGAUGGCAAAAUUGGAGUGUGGAACUUGUUUGAGAUGUCAUCACUGUGCCGGUCCUCUUUCCAAAGAGAUGGAAACUAGUGAUUGGACGGUUCGACCCCUUAUUAGGGAUAGUUUCUCCAUGAUAGGUUCUGCGGUUGGUGGUACUACAAGUGCAUUCUAUGGAUUCAACCAUGUGAUGCCAAUUGUCCAGAAGUGGAUAAAGGGACCUAUGCGGGUACAUUUUCUUAUUGGUGCACCACCUGUGAUAGUAUUCUCCUCAGCUUGUGCAGGGUUGGCAGGAAUCCCUCAUUUAUUGAGGUCCAGAAUCAGGAACCCAAUACACCAGGAGGGUGUUCAGGCACCAAUGGGGAACUUGAAGUGUGUUAAACAUCAGUAAUGAAAGAAUACCGGGUUGGAUUCAGAGUACUCCUUCAAGUUUUGGGAAUCACUGGAAGCGUUAGUGAUCAACUACCAGGACAGAUCUUGAACAAUCCUUGAGUUUUGAAGAUCAUGGAAAGUACUGACAGUCAGACACUGGGGCAGAUUUUGAGUAUUUUUUGAAAUCUGAAGUGCCAACAGCCAGACACUGGGGCAGAAUUUGAGCAUAUUUCGGAUUUUGAAGAAAGUACUGACAGCCAGAUACUAUAACAAAUGUUGGGUAUCUUCUGGAAAGUAUCGACAGUCAGACACUAGGGCAGAUUUUGAGUGCCUGUGGAAAUUUGAAAAUGGUUAGAGUCGCGACAAGAAAACACUGGGACAGAUUUCGAGACCCUUUUGGAAUUUGAAACGCGGUAAAGACCAGUAGCCAAUGAACGAAACCGGGGCAGUUGUUGAGUUCCAUUAAGGUGAAGUCGGGUGCCGUUGUGCCGGACUAGAACUUAAAAGUGUGGCUGAGAUCCAGGAUUGAGAAGAAAGGCUUUGCAUCCUCGUACAUUUCGUGCAUGCACUUCAUGCAUCCUUAUGCAUUUCAUGCAUUUAGGGAAAGACAUUCCCAUUAUAGGUAGCGACAUACAGACAUAUCAUGUAACGGGCAUCAUGUAUAUAUAACAUGCCCCUGCAUUCAAGCAUCACAAUUUUGUAACAUGCAUAUAUAUAACAGUAGAGCACCAUUUAUUCAUACUUGCCUAGUUGAAUAAACUUUUGAAUAAUUUUU